UGCUUUGUACCAUCUCUCCUCCGCCAUUAUCGUUCUCCCCACUCUCCUCCUCCUCCUCCUUCCCUACACUUCACUCUUCUCUUCCUCCUCCUUCUUCGAAAGUGUUCUCUUCAAGCUCAUUGCACGCACGCUCUGCAAGCUUUAUGCAGAACCCGAAGCUUGCCUUCCUUCGAUCGUCUCGCGUCGAAGCCUCGUCGCGGCAACCACAUCUGCAAAGCCGCCGAGUAUAAAUUCCCCGACCCCAUUCCCGAGUUCGCCGAUGAAGAGACGGAGAAGUUUAGGGGUCACAUGCUGAAGAGGCUCUCGAAGAAGGAUUUGUUUAGCGAUUCCGUUGACGAAGUCGUGGGAAUCUGCACUGAGAUCUUCAGCACUUUCCUACAUUCUGAAUAUGGGGGACCUGGGACAUUGUUGGUCAUCCCUUUCAUCGACAUGGCUGAUACCAUAAACGAACGAGGGCUUCCUGGAGGACCACAAGCUGCUCGGGCAGCAGUCAAAUGGGCUCAAGCUCAUGUUGACAAGGACUGGAAUGAAUGGAAUGGUGAGGAUAGCAGUUGAAAUGGAGUUGCCCAAGUUUUUGUAGUAUUUAGGUUCGCCUUUUUCAUCUCUCGCUAGUAUCUGGUGUUUAUUCUGAGAGAGCAUUUCUUUCGUAGUGAGAGAUGUUACAGAGAUUGAAUGGGCCUCAGAGAUGUUACAGAGAUUGAAUGGGCCUCAAAGUUUAGGUUGGCCAAGUAGUGGGGAAGCUAGUCUCUUGUUCUUGAAAGGAAAGUGACUUGUUAAAAGAACUCAUUGGUAAUGGUCAUCGGUUCCAGGGUUGAUAGGUCCCAAAUCUAAAAUCUGGAACCUAGAACUUACCAUGUUAAAAUCGGUUCCCGGUUUUUUAAAGGAACCUAUCUUGUUUACUGUGGAAUCAAUUGUAGAUCUACUCAA